AAGGUUGGCUCUUCCCCUCUCCAGUUUACUUUCGAAUCAGGGCAAGUCUCCUUCCCCUCUCGAUAGAGGAAAGGUGAUCGAAUCGUAGAGAGGAGGGCCAUGGAGGGGUGGGAUCCGAGCACGAAGUCGGCGCUGACGCAGAUCCCGUUGCUCUCGACGCGGGCGGGGCCGCGGGACGGCGCGGCGUGGACGCAGAGGCUGAAGGAGGAGUACCGCUCCCUGAUCGCCUACACUACUAUGAAUAAGUCCAACGACAACGACUGGUUCCGCAUCUCCGCCGCCAACCCCGAGGGCACGCGCUGGAUCGGCACCUGUUGGUACGUCCACAACCUCCGCCGCUACGAGUUUCAACUCCAGUUUGACAUCCCCGUCACGUAUCCGGCCACCGCCCCCGAGCUCGAACUCCCCCAGCUCGACGGCAAGACCCACAAGAUGUACCGCGGAGGCAAGAUCUGUCUCACCGUACACUUCAAGCCGCUCUGGGCCAAAAACUGCCCUAGGUUUGGAAUUGCUCAUGCACUUUGCUUGGGCCUGGCCCCUUGGCUCGCUGCAGAGGUGCCAAUCCUUGUUGAUUCUGGUGUUAUUAAACACAAGGAUGACGAGGCUUCCUCAGCCGAAUCUUGAGGGUUUGCUUUCCCUGGCCAGUAUAACGAUGAACAUUGAGCAACUUUAGAUUUUUAAACUGAUCCAAAUGUCAUAGUAAUAGCACCAAAUAAAUUUCUGUAGAAUCGCGUGUCAUGGAUUAUCUGUGCGCCAACUUUCUGUUAAGUUGUUCAAUAAAUUUGAAUGAUUUAUUUUGCUCAA